UUAGGCGACUCAGUUAAAGGAGAAGGGAAAUGCGGCAUUAGCAGCAGGGAAGUUGGACGAUGCCGUGAAAUUCUACACGGAGGCUAUUGCCGUGGAUCCUAGUAACCACGUUCUCUAUAGCAACCGGUCGGCAGCUCAUGCUAAGGCUCAGAACUACGAAGCAGCUUUAGAGGAUGCUAACCAGACCAUCGCUCUUAACCCUACUUGGACCAAGGGGUACUCCCGUAAAGGUUCUGCGCUGGCGUACUUGGGCCGGCAUGCAGAGGCGAUAGAGACUUACAACAAGGGUUUAGAGCUAGACCCUAACAAUGAACAGUUGGCCACAGGCUUGGCUGAUGUACAGCAAACAAUUAUUGACAAUAAGGUCAAAUUAGAACAGGUGUUUGAGAAGCUCAGGAAUAACCCAAAGACGAGGGACUGGUUAAAUGAUCCAGAAUACUGUAAAAUUGUUGAAAAAAUAGUCCAGAAUCCCUUCGAUGUCCAAAAGCUCGGCAAUAUGUUAGAAGACAAAAGAGUCCUCACUACAAUUAGCAUUAUGUUUGGCCUAGAUGUUCAAAUGCCUAUGGAUGUAGACCCACCAGCACCUGAGAAAAAGACUGAGGAGCCACUGAAGAAGCAGGAGCCUGAAAAACCGAAGUACGAUGACCUGCCAGAGAACAGAAGGCUAGCAUUACAAGAGAAGGAUCAAGGGAAUGAAAGCUAUAAGAAGAAAGACUUAGAUAAUGCUCUGAAACAUUAUCAGAAGGCAGUAGAACAUGAUCCCACUGACAUAACCUUUUACACAAACAUGGCCGCUGUCUAUUUUGAGCAGAAAGAGUAUGAGAAAUGUAUUAAGGAGUGCGAGAAAGCUAUUGAUAUUGGAAGGGAAAAUAGAGCAGACUUCAAGUUAAUAGCCAAGGCUUUUACUAGAAUUGGCAAUGCAUACAAGAAGAUGGAACAAUGGAAGUUAGCCAAGACUUACUUUGAGAAGUCCAUGUCUGAGCACCGUACUCCUGAGAUCAAGACGUUGCUGAGUGAGGUCGAGAGACGGAUAGUCGAGGAGGAGAAGAAGGCCUACAUCGACCCAGUGAAGGCCGAGCAGGAAAAGGAGCUUGGCAACGAUUUCUUUAAGAAGGGAGACUACAGUACCGCCGUAAAGCAUUACACUGAAGCCAUCAAGCGUAACCCUGAUGACCCGAAGCUGUACUCCAACCGUGCCGCCUGCUACACGAAGCUGGCCGCUUUCGACCUCGGUCUUAAAGACUGCGACCAGUGCUGCAAACUGGACCCUAAGUUUAUCAAGGGAUGGAUCCGGAAGGGAAAGAUCCUUCAGGGCAUGCAACAGCACUCCAAAGCUUUAACCGCAUACCAGAAGGCCCUCGAGCUAGACCCAAGCAAUGCUGAGGCCCUGGAGGGCUACCGUGCCUGCUCUACUCAACUGAACUCCAAUCCUGAGGAGGUGCGCAAACGCGCAAUGGCAGACCCAGAAGUGCAACAAAUCCUCCGCGACCCAGCCAUGCGCUGCAUCCUCGAACAGAUGCAACAAGAUCCCCACGCCUUACAGGACCAUCUCAAGAACCCAGACAUUGCCGCUAAGAUUCAGAAGCUUCUAGAAUCCGGCCUCAUCGCUAUACAUUAG